AUCCCCCAUUUCUCCUCUUUCCUUGCCCCUUUUUUCCAUUUAUCAUUUUUCUUCAUUCAUUGAUCCAGUUAUUGUCUCCUAAAUCCCAACCCCAUUUCUGAUUUGUUUUUCCAAAAUUUUGUUCUUUAGAAUUAUAUCAUAUCAAUAUCGCAUCACAUAUAUUAUUCGUGUUUGAAAUUUCAUCGACUUGUGGUAAUUGGGCUCGCGUUUAGAGACCUCGCGCCCAGAGGAUGCCACAGGAAUCGUCCUCUGAGCAAGACCUUGACGAUUCUGAUGCUGAUUUCGUGGAGAUUGAUCCCACUGGUCGCUAUGGUCGGUACAAAGAGAUUCUAGGAAAAGGUGCUUUCAAAAAAGUAUAUAGAGCAUUUGAUGAAUUGGAAGGGAUAGAGGUAGCUUGGAAUCAAGUGAAGGUGGCCGAUCUGUUGCGUAACUCUGUGGAUUUGGAGCGCUUAUAUUCUGAAGUUCAUUUGCUCAAGACAUUGAAGCAUAAGAACAUCAUCAAGUUUUACAAUUCGUGGGUCGAUACCAAAAGCGAGAACAUCAACUUCAUCACUGAGAUUUUCACUUCUGGAACUUUACGACAGUAUCGGAAGAAACACAAACAUGUGGAUAUAAGAGCAUUGAAGAAAUGGUCCAGACAGAUUUUAGAAGGACUUUUAUAUCUUCACAGUCACGACCCACCAGUUAUCCAUAGGGAUUUGAAAUGUGACAACAUAUUUGUUAAUGGGAACCAAGGUGAAGUGAAGAUAGGGGACUUGGGUUUGGCUGCUAUUCUUCAGCAGGCUCGUGCUGCUCAUAGUGUUAUUGGUACCCCUGAGUUCAUGGCGCCUGAACUUUAUGAGGAGGAAUACAAUGAGCUUGUCGAUAUCUAUGCAUUUGGCAUGUGCUUGUUGGAGCUAGUUACCUUUGAGUAUCCAUACGUUGAAUGCUCAAAUGCCGCUCAAAUAUAUAAGAAAGUGACAUCGGGUAUUAAACCAGCAUCAUUGGCAAAGGUAAAAGAUCAUAAUGUGAAAGAAUUUAUUCAAAAGUGUAUAGCAAGUGUCUCGGAUCGAUUGUCUGCUAGAGAACUCUUGAUCGAUCCAUUUCUUCUACGAGAUGAAGAAAUUGAAUCUAUAGGACAGGGUUUACCACCAAGUGCUACCCAUUCAGAAGAAUGUGGGAGUGGAGGUAUCGAUCACACCGAUUUCUUAAGAAUUGGAGGGUAUUGUUCAAGGGAUCACACUAGAGACUUCAUUGUACAAGGUCAGAGAAAAGAUGUCAAUACAAUAUUCUUGAAGUUAAGAAUUGCGGACUCUACAGGUCAUUUUCACAAUAUACACUUCCCUUUUGAUAUUGAAGUGGACACGGCUAUUGCUGUUGCAAGUGAAAUGGUUGAGGAGUUGGACUUAACCGAUCAAGAUGUAUCAAUGAUUUCUGAAAUGAUUGAUACAGAAAUUCGAUCACAUAUUCCAAACUGGGCAACUGAGCCAAAUGAUGAGGUUGAAGACAUCAUAGAUUCACACACCGUUGAUAAUGAAAACAAGGAUGAUGAAAAUAUGGGUGGUGGUUCUCCCUUUUCUAAUGAAUCAACUUGCUCAGGUGCUCUUGCGCUGGAAAGAUUGCCUUCGGGGAGAAAAUACUGGUCUGACUCUCCUAAGGGAAUUGGACUAAGCUCUCCAAAAAGAUCUGAACCAUCUCACUUAGUUGAUCAUGAAGAUUCUCACUCUGGUCAUGAACAUAAUCAUCAUGAUAGUGGUAUUGCAAGUGAAAUAUUGGUUGUUGGGGAAGCUGCAAAUGAUGAAAAAGAAAGUAAAGAUAAAGAUAGUGUUGGGAUUGCAACUCCAGUUGAAUUAGAUGUUAAGCUAGUGGGUGAAAAACUUAAGUAUUUCUUACAAAAGCAGCAGGAGGAAUUGGAUGAACUAAAGAGAAAACAUGAAGGAGAUAUCUUAGACUUUUUAAGGGAAUUCCCUCCUGGAAUUCGUAGGGAGAUAUUGAGUACUUGUACCUUAGAACUACCUAAAUUCAGGAUUUCUAGGAGCAACAACAUGUGAGAAAAUAAUUUUAGAUGUGGUCUUGUUUAGUAUUGAGCAACAACUAUAAAUGGUGGAUGUGAUUAGGCUAGCUUGGAUUUUUGGACGUGGCUUCCUCAUGAUGGAGGGGUGAUAUUGAAAAAAGGAAAAUGAAGGGGCCAAUAACUUGUGAAGAUCAUAGGACCUCUACAGCGACCACCAGGCAAAAUAUGGAACAUUUAUGCAUAAAUUUGAUGAAAUGUACUUAAUCAACAUUAUUAGACUUAGAGUCAAUUAUGUGCAUAAAUAGAAGGAUAUGGAGCAUUUAUUGCAAUCGUCAGCUCAUGCCAAAAGUUAGGAGAAAGCAUUAACAUAUGUUAGGGUAAAACAUUGCCAAAUAUGUUUCAUCUCUUGUGUUUUUUGCCCUUUUGCACAAAAGGAAGAAAUGUUGGCUCACUGUAUACUUGUAUAUAAGGUUCCCAAUUUUUGCUCAAUUCUUUUUCUAUAUGAAACAUACAUUAAGGU